UCAGCAAAGAAUGUCGUCACCAAUAAAGAACACCUAUAUUCAUGCUUAAUAGAGAAAGGUUCAGACUGAACUUCCUUGCAUCAAUAUCUUGUUCGUCGGAAAAGUGUGAUCUACAGGAACCCACUGCCUGAACAGGAUGAGAAUCACGAUGCUGACUGAGUUUUUUUUACUGGCAGUUUUAACAAGAUGCUAUCUAGCUACUCCUCUUCCACGUGAACAAGGUUCAGAAAAGAGACUGCAAGAACACGAAAUAUCCAAUGAAGUUCAACAACUGGAUCAGUUACGAGGACAACAUGGCCAAGAUGUUGCUUUCUUAGAAACCGAAAGCAUAAAAAGUGAAAAUAUUAACGGUCACCAACAGGCUAGCAAGACAAAAGAAAACACUGCCAUUGAAAAUAACAAAGUUCUGGCUAAUUGGAAACAAACCCAAGAAAUGAAUCAGGAACCGAAUGAACAAAAACCUCACAGUUGGACUAAAACUGAUGUAGAUAUUCCAUUGUUAGGAAUCCACAAAACAAACGUAGAUAACAGUGAUGAUUCUGACAAAUACGGACCAAACGAGAAGCAGAAGAAAGACACAGUUAACUGGAAAUUACCAGGAGCAGGGGACACUAACAGUAAUGAUUAUGACACCAAGUUUUCAGGUCUCCAAUAUUCUCCUGAGGACCUCGCAGACUACAUCCUGAGAACGGAUGAUGAAAAAGGUGUGGCAAUGGCUAUCGAAGAAUUACUAACAGAAGGAUUGAUGACCAGGGAGCAGGCAAUUGCCUAUCUUCAAGAAGUGAAGACAGAAUUAAACUACAUGAGAGAGCAAUACGAGCAAGCACAUCGUCUGGAAGAGAUGGCUGAAGAAAAGGAAAUAAAAAGAGGUCAACAGGAAGCUAUUCAGGCAGUUUUGGGGGAUGUGUCGACAAGGCGAGUCAUUGAGAGUUAA